AUGGGUGACAUUCGUUAUAUUCUUGGAGUUGAAGCUACUCGAACUUUUACCCGUUUGUUUCCUAGUCAAGUUAACUAUAUUUCCACAAUCCUCAAGAGAGUUAAUAUGAUGGAUACAAAGUCACUUCACAUUCUUGUUAUCACUAGGUUUUCUCUUUCCAAACAUGAUGAAGAACUCUUGAGUGACCCACUUAUCUACCGAAGUAUUGUUGGCGCUCUUCAAUAUCUUACUCUUUCAUUUCAUGAGCUCGCCUUUGCAGUUAAUCAAGGAUAUGAGUUUCGCGUCACUCUGAAUCGUCCUCCUAUUCUAUGGUGCAAUAACAUUAGUGUUGCAUUUCUCAUUGCCAAACAUGUCUUUCAUGCUCAUAUCCUUACUAAAGGUCUUUCAUCCAAAUUCUUUGCAUUUUUUCAUGACAAGCUCAUAGUUUGUGUCACCUUGUUUGGCUUGCGGGAGGAUGUUAAACAACAAAACUCAUCAUCGGAGUGGUUAAAUACAAUUUUAACAUUUUCAUGUUCUCUAUUAUUAAUUUUAGACCUUACUUUAGCAGUUACAUUUGAUGUAACAGAAUUUGGUGCCAAUGGAAAUGGAAAUGUAGAUGAUUCUCAGGCUUUCUUACAAGCAUGGGAUAAAACAUGUGCAAGUAGCAGCAAUGCUACGAUGGUGGUUCCUGAAGGAAAUACAUACUUGUUGAUACCUCUUCAAUUCAAUGGUCCCUGUAAAGGACCAUCUGUUCAAGUUCAGAUUGAUGGAACCCUGGUGGCACCCAAAACCAUAGGUGAAUGGACAGGUUGUGUGGGCAACACAUGGAUAGGAUUCUCAGAUGUUGAUGGUCUUCAAGUUUAUGGAAACGGGACACUUGAUGGGCAAGGUUCACUAUGGUGGAAAAAAUCCGGUAGUGAGGAUGAUGACCAUAUAAUUAACAAUCACAAUCGGAAAAAAAAAAAACGAAAUAUGUGCUCACGACCGAUGGGAUUAAAGUUUUCAAGCUGCAAAAACCUUGAAUUAAGUGGUUUGACUCAUAUCAACCCUCCAAAGAGACAUAUAAACUUACAUUCAUGCAACCAGGUUACCAUUUCUUGCCUUACAAUAACCGCACCCAAAGACAGCCCUAAUACGGAUGGAAUCAGCAUCUCUUCCUCAACUAACGUUAAUAUCACCAACUCUACUAUUGGCACAGGGGAUGAUUGUAUUGCAAUUUGUUCCGGUAGUUCAAACAUUUUUGUUGAAGGAGUUCAAUGCGGACCUGGGCAUGGCAUAAGUGUGGGUAGCCUCGGUGAAGGGGGGUCUCAAAAUACUGUGGAAGAUGUUCAUAUACUAAAUUGCAAUUUCACUGGAACACAAAAUGGGGCAAGGAUAAAGACAUGGCAGGGUGGAAAAGGAUAUGCAAGAAAUAUUACAUUUGAGCACAUCCAGUUGAAUGAUGUUAAGAACUCUAUUAUUAUUGAUCAAAACUAUUGCAAUGGAAAACACGACUGUACCGCAAAAUCGGGCGCGGUGGAAGUGAGCAAUGUGAAAUAUAUAAAUGUGCAAGGAACGUCUACAAUUGAUCGAGCAAUACUCCUAGAUUGCAGCAAUGAAGUUCCAUGCAAUAAUAUUGUUUUUGACAAUGUAAACAUAACUUCAAGCUCUAUGGGUGUCAAUGUUUAUGCGACUUGCAAGAACGCGAACGUGUCUGUCCCUUCCGUAGUGUAUCCAGUUGUAUCAUGCAGUAUUGGUGACAUUUAA